AUGGAGAUCAACCCACAUGAAUUUAACUGGUACUACCCAGAAGAAUAUUCUGAUAGGAUAUUAGAAUUGCCACCAUUGGAUUGUUACUUCGAGUUAGAACCACUUCCAUUCCCACAUGGAAACAAGCAACUAGACAUCACUGAGUUAAAAAACUUCGAAGCUCUGAAUCCUGAUUUUUUCUCGGCAGAACCUGACUUUCCAUUGUUUUAUGAAGAUGUAGCAGUCGACCAAAGUCCUCUAAACUCUGUUACAGACUCUAUUGGUCAGUUUGAAAAUCUUGCAACUUACUUAAGUGAAUAUUCCACGAUAAUUCAUCAGGGUGAAUAUCAUAGCUCAAACAACACUGAAGAGGAAAAGAGGACAAUAAGUGGGAGGAAGAAGAUGGCUGUGCUGGAGUUGGAUGAAAUACAGAAGCAUUUUGACAUACCAAUAACAAAAGCAGCAAAGAAGAUGAAUGUGGGAUUGACUGUAUUGAAGAAAAGAUGCAGAGAACUUAAUAUCAAGCGAUGGCCUCACAGGAAGCUCAAGAGCUUGACGUCCCUCAUUAACAAUGUUAAGGAAUUGGGUUUGACAACAGAGGUAGAGACAUUGGAGGAGCACAAGAAAAUUCUAGAGAAACUGCCAGAUGCAGAGCUGACAGAGAGAACGAGAAAACUGAGGCAGGCUUGUUUCAAAGCCAAUUACAAGAAGAGGAGGUCUCUUGCUAUUCAGGCCGCGUGA